GACCUUUUGGCCCCGUCAACAGCUCAUUUUAUAAGAAACAGGUGUCGCUGUGCUUGGGCCUGCUGUAAACACUCUUCCGCUCUUUAUCUUUCUUCUUCUGGUACAUACUUAAUUCUGUGGUAGUUCAGUCUCCUUCACCUUACUUGCCGCUCGUUACACUCACUCCUCUUAUCACUAUCUAACAAUCGUCUUCAAUCUAAUCUCCAUAGCAAAGAAUCUCCGAUUCGCGGAACAUCCGGCCUCGAGGGAUGGACGACAUCGAAAGCCAACGGCGUCUUUCGGAGAAAUCCGCAUACUCGGGCACAUCCAACGACCAGCCCACGCUAACAGAAGAAACACCCGCCCCGGCCACAGCGACACCACCGAAACCGCUGUUCCCUGAAACCGAUCUGAGUCGAGGCAUUGUGGGGUGGGAUGGGCAGGAUGAUCCUCAUAACCCCCAGAACUUCGCGAAUGGACGCAAAUGGGGCCUGCUCGCCCUGAUCAGCUCCAUCACCUUCAUCUCGCCUCUCGCCUCGAGUAUGUUCUCGCCCGCCGUGGGAUACGUCGGGAAGGACUUCGGCGUGUCUAAUGAGUAUUUGCUCUCUUUCAGUGUCACGAUCUUCCUACUGGGGUAUACAGUCGGUCCUCUCUUCCUCGCCCCGCUCAGUGAGAUCUACGGCCGUCGCAUCGUCCUCAGCUGUGCCAACUGGUUCUUUGUCGUCUGGCAGAUCGGCUGCGCGCUUGCUCCCAACAUCUCCGCUCUGAUCGUCUUCCGUCUUCUCGCCGGUAUGGGCGGUGUAGGCAGUCUCACACUCGGUGCCGGCGUCAUCGCCGAUCUCUUCCCCGUCGAACAGCGCGGAAUGGCCACAUCCAUCUGGGCCCUCGGGCCGCUAAUCGGCCCCGUCGCCGGACCCAUCGCCGGCGGCUUCAUCGGCCAGACCAUUGGCUGGCGCUGGGUAUUCUGGAUCCUGCUGAUCGCAGGCGGAGCGAUCUCCGCGGGCAUCGAGGUGCUCAACCGGGAGACCUAUGCCCCCGUCCUCAUCCGAUGGAAGACGGAGAAACUCUCCAAGGAAUUGGGCCGAUCCGACCUACGCAGCGCGUACGACAAAAGCGCGGCACGGCCCAGUCUAGGCGAAGCGCUCAAACUAGGUCUCAGCCGACCGCUGCUGCUGCUCUUCAAGUCGCCAAUCGUGCUGCUGCUGUCGAUCUAUAUGGCGUUCGUGUACGGGCUGCUGUACCUGUUCUUCACGACGAUCUCGUCGGUGUUCCAGGAGGACUACGGGUGGACGACAGGGAUCUCGGGACUGGCGUACCUGGGAAUUGGGAUCGGAUUCAUGACGGGGCUGGCGCUGAUCGCGUUCACGAGCGACCGCAUCGUGGGCAAGCUGACGGCGCGCAACGGUGGCGUCUUCGAGCCCGAGAUGCGUCUCGUCACUAUGAUCUUCUUCUCGUGCAUCCUGCCCAUCAGCUUCUUUUGGUACGGCUGGUCCGCCAAGUACCACGUCCACUGGAUCGUCCCCAUCAUCGGUAUGGCCCCCUUCGGCAUCGGCAUGAUGGGCAUCUACAUGCCUAUCCAGACCUACGUCAUCGACUGCUACCCUGCCUAUGCGGCGUCUGCGAACGCGGCCCUCACUGCCACGCGCUCGCUGGUCGGUGCUCUGCUCCCGCUGGCGGGCCCGGCUAUGUUCCAGGCGUUGGGCCUGGGAUGGGGCAACUCGUUGCUCGGGUUCAUUGCUGUCGCGUUUGUGCCUGUGCCCAUUCUGUUCAAUCGGUACGGGAAGGUGGUUCGCGAGAGGUUUCCUGUCGAGCUGGACGGGAGUGGCAAGAAGUAGGUAGGUUGCGAGUUCAUGCUUGGGCUGGAGUUGAUGUGGACAAGAGUGAAAAAUGCUAUAGAGUGAAUAGAGGCCGAAUAGACAUGAUUAGUGCUG